AUGGCUGCAUCCGGCUGCCCUCCAGAAGACUUUUCAUGCCCUGUGUGUUUGGAAAUACUGUUUGACCCAGCUACACUUCCUUGUGGUCACACCUACUGCCUUCAGUGCAUCCAGAAGCACUGGGAUAAAGUAUUGGCAAAGGGCCAACACUCUUGUCCUCAGUGUAGACAGGUGUUCAAUCCCAGGCCUUCUCUGGGAAGAAACAACAUGCUGAUAGAAGCCAUGAAGAAACUGAGAGUAGGAGUACAAGACAAGCCCUCACCUGCAGGUUCUUCUUUAACUCCAUGUGCUGUUGUGGCAGAGAACACUUCUCUCCAGCCAGGAACUGCAACGUUUGAUGAAGGACCUAAUGAACAAACAACAGAGCAGGGGGGAUUAUAUCCUCAGCUUCCUUCUACUUUACCCAAUCUGUGUCCAUUACACAAACAGGUCUUGGAGCUCUAUUGCUGUGAUGAUAAAGAGAGUGUGUGUGAUGAAUGUUGCUUUGUAGAACAUAAGGGACAUCGAGUGGUAAAUCCAGAUGAAGAAAAGGAGCAAGAGCUGUCAAAAAGAAAGACAAGUAUACAAAUAAGCAUUCAAGAAAGAGAGAGGAUCAUCCAGACGUUACCAGAGAUUUUUCAAACUAAAAAGACUGCCAUUCAUGGGCUGCAGAUGGAGAAUCUGGAGAUUUUUGGUCAAGUUAUGAAGAGUGUGGAGUUGAUGAGAUCGCAAGUAGCAGAACUCCUUCAAGCUCAUGAGAUGACCUGCUAUAACCGUUUAGAGAGUCACCGCUAUAGACUACAGGAGGAGAUCAGCCGAUUAUACAAGCAAGAUGAUGAGCUUAACAGACUAAAUAACUCUCAGGACUCUAUUCAAUUCCUGAAGACACUCGACACCACAUGUGAUGUGGAUGCGUUUGAAAGUGCACAGCUGGUUACCCCAGUGUCAGUAGAGUCUGGAUUCAGAUCAGCACUUGAAGCUUUCAGCGAAGGGCUUCAUGACUUCUGUAAAGGAAGCUUGGUCAGGAUCUUCAGAGUUGUGAAUGAUGAAACAACAGCAACAGAAGACAAUACUCAAGUAUUAGAGCAAUGCUCUAAUUCCAAUAAUUUGCAGGAUGCGUCACAACAUACUGCUCCUGCAAUGACAUCUAGCAACAAUGCCAGUAAACCCAAAACCACAACAGUUCAGCAUCCUGCAGCGUCCUCUGCAAAUUCGGAAACUAACAAAAAUUCCCAAAGUGAGGAAAAUCCAGCACCCAAAUCAAGGGAAGAAAUGCUAAAGUUCCACUUUGAGCCCACACUGGACCGCAACAGUGCUUAUCGUCACAUCCGCUUGUCUGAUGGAAAUCGAAAGGCCACUCUCCGUGCAGAAAAACAGAAUUACCCAGAGCACACUGAACGCUUUGUUUACUGGAGGCAGGUCAUGUGUCAGGAGCCUUUGGCUGGAAGUCCUUAUUAUUGGGAGGUGGAAUGGACAGGACAGAAGAUCACUAUUGGUGUAACCUAUAAAGACAUCGGGCGCUCCACGGAGGGUGAUGGCUCCAGAUUCGGCCAUAAUGAGCACUCGUGGAGCCUAUACUGGUCAGGCACAGCCUUCUCCUUGUGGCAUGCAGGAAAGGAAACUGUGCUAGCUGCUCCUAAAGCCCGGCGCAUCGGAGUCUAUUUGGAUCAGCAGGCAGGUGUGCUGGCAUUUUACAGGAUCUCUCACAGCCAGGCCUACCAGAUCUGCUGUGUCGAAACUGAAUUUACUGGAGCUCUCUACCCUGGUUUUCGCUUCUGGUCUGGUGUGGGCUCUACCAUUACCAUUUGCCAACUGGGCUAAUCGAUGAAGGUCUUUAUAUGUGAACCUAUUGGACUGAUUCUGCAGUGUUUGUGUCUCCUACUUUGUUUUCCAAUGAAAUGUUAAAGUACAGAAACCUGUGAUUUUUAUGUCAGUAAAAUGAAUAGAUUCACCACUAGGUGCUGCUGCAAACAUACAAAUGAAUGAGACAUACCUUAUGUUAGAAUCUCAGGAACAGAGCAGUCCUGCAGUGAUCACCUCAAAGUUUAUCAAAUACAGGGGUUGGUGCUGGUGUAAUAUUUUGUAAGUAACAACAGAUGGGUGACGAAGGAAAAAUUGGAAAAUUCUGUCUAGUUUCAGUGCGAUUUGGCACAGAUCCUAUAUGUCGAUGUGACUGGAACUAAUUACUGUUUGCAACUAUUCACUGUUUUCUUUAACUGAAAUGUGUUUGUAUAGGAAGUAAAACUGAUGAAUUUGUGUGUUGGAUUGAUUAGUAUAAAAUAAAUAAAAAAUAGGAAGCACUAUUA